AUGGCGGCCGUCCAAAACCCCCACGCCAGGGGAGACUACCGUCUUUGUGGCUGCGGGAAUAAAAUUUCAGGGAAGGACACCCACCCGGUGUGCAGUACCUGUCUGGGAGUCGACCACGCCAGGUUGGCCCUAGAAAUUCCCGGCUCCUGUGGACACUGCAAAGUGUUCACGGUUAAGAGCCUCAGACGCAGGCUAGCCCGCCAGGUUAGCGUCUCGGAGUGUGACCCAUUCCUCCCCACCGCCGCACAAGGUGCAGCCGCGGAGGAGGACGUGGACACAGCUGGGGAAGCUCCGGAGACUGACUAUGACUGGGGUGCCCAGUGCGAGCAGCUCCAUGCCCCCCCGUUUCCCGAGGAAGACGUGCUGGAAGUCAGCCCCAUGGAGGAGGAUGACGACACCUCGUUCCUCAUAUCAGAGGACGAGGAAGAGGAUGACACCUUCAUGGCCCCAGCACAGCCUGAGAGGCCUAAACCGCCGUGCCCUUCCGCCAAGGAAGACAGGGGAGCGAGCUCACCAGCUCCCUCCCUCCAUGUGGACCUGCUCGACGUGUGCAAACGCGCGGCAGAGAAGCUGGAGAUUCCCUGGCCGGUCGCAAUAGCGGAGCCCACCCGGUCCCGCUACGAAGGCAAACGGCUUCCCCUGGCACGAAAUGCGGUGAAGCAGCUUCUCCCUGUCUUCCCCGAGUUGCUGACGGAGCUCUCGAAAACAUGGACUAGCUGCCCAUACAGCAACAGGAGCCCUAUUUCGGGCGCAGCAUCCCUCGACUGCGAGGCGAUGGACGCCCACGGCCUCCUCUCCAUGCCUCCGGUGGAAGUCCCGGUAGCUGCGCACCUCUGCCCAGGCAGCGUGAGCCAGCUGUCUGCAGACGCCCGACGCCCGACGCUGCCAGCUAAGCCCGAACGGUUUCAGUCUGCGCUGACCGAAAAGGCAUACAAAGCAGCAGCCCUCUCGGCCAGAGCCCUCAGCGCCCUCUCCAUCCUCACUGCCCACCAAGCGGAGUUGUUUGGCGCGUCUGCUGAGGAGCAAGACCCGGAUGCGUGGGAGGAGAUGGCGGUCAUCGCGGACCUGUCUCUCCGUAUCCAACGUGUCGCGGUCCAGGCCACAGGGAAGGCGAUGGCAACCCUCGUCAUCCAGGAGCGAGCGCGAUGGCUCAGUCUCGCUAACCUGACCGACAGGGAGCGGGAUGACAUCCUGGAUAUGCCGAUCGUCCCUGAAGGCAUCUUCGGCUCUGCAUUGGCCACAAUGCAGCAAAGAUGUGAGGCAAAGAAAAAGGACAACGAGGCCCUCAAACUUUGUCUCCCUCGGAAAGCCCCUGCGCCUUCACCUCCGGUGCAACGUACCAAGACGGCCACCACCGCCAGGUCCGCCCCCUCCGAUGAGGAAGGAGCGCGGAGCCGGCUGGCAGGGGAAACCUGCCUCCACGACCGCAACGCCGCCGCCGCCCACAGCCGCCGCGAGCUCGGUCCCACAGGCGAGGAAGAAAAAGAGGGCGGCCUGACAGCCGCCAGUUCCUCAGUUGGUGCAGCCUGCUGUUGCGCAGGCCCACCGUUUUGGCUUGUUUGUGCGCACCCCACGCCACCGUUGCCCAUCCCAGAGCCGGUCCGCGAGGAGAAGGACAUCGCCCCGGAGGUCUGCGCGGUUGCGCCCCGAGCGGAAUGUCCACAAGCACAGUCACACACCCUUGUUCAAAGAAAAAAUGGUGUCAAAAUAAAAAUAAUAAAUCUGUCACAGCCAGGCCACGAGCCGAGGGUGCAGAUAAUAAAAAAAGCCAAAACAGACAAUGCUCUCUCCAUAAGCAGGGUGGCCGCUCAGCCCCCUGCAGCUCUGCUCCCGGGACGGGCACCGCCGUCCCCGCGGAGCAGAGCAGAGCGCCCCACCGUGCCUCCGGUGAUGCCCGAGAAUCAUUUCUCGGUUCCACCACAGGGGGGCGCGGGGCAGGAGCCGCAAUAUGUUCCCCCGCUUUCUCUCAGAUGGGAAAGCUGGAGAGCAGCAGCAGCUCCACCGUGGGUGUUGCGCACAAUUUCCCGGUGAUACAGGCUUCAAUUCGCCACUGUCCCUCCCCGCUUCUCCGGUGUAAUACACUCACAUACACAGGGAGAAUCAGCUCGAGUUUUACGGGAGGAAAUUCUCUCUCUGAUAGACAAACGAGCAGUUUCUGUCGUAUCUCCCGAACAGAGUCUGUCAGGGUUUUAUUCCAGAUACUUCCUCGUCCCCAAACGGGGCGGGAGAGGAAUCCGCCCUAUUCUGGACUUAAGAGCCCUGAACAAAUUCCUGCGGAAAUACAAGUUCAGGAUGCUGACACAUGCAGCACUGUUGCGUCUAGUAAGACCGAACGACUGGUUUUCGUCCGUGGAUCUGAAAGACGCGUAUUUCCACAUUCCCAUUUAUCCCCCUCACAGACAAUAUCUCCGAUUUGCCUUUCAAGGGGUGUGUUACGAAUACCGUGUUCUACCAUUCGGUCUGUCUCUCAGUCCGAGGGUUUUCAUACGGUGCACAGAGGCCGCGGUAGCCCCGCUCAGACGCCGGGGGAUACGUCUGGCCACGUAUUUAGACGACUGGCUCCUGUUAGCGCAGUCAGAACAGGAAGCCAGGGUUCACACACACAUUGUCACAAAACACCUGACGGAUUUGGGUUUUGUAAUAAAUAUGGAAAAAAGCCACCUAUCUCCAACGCAGGAGAUAUGCUUUCUGGGAUUAUCCCUGCGCUCUGUUCCGUUCACAGCCCGCCUGUCAGAGGAAAGAGUGACGGCUUUCAGAGCGUGCCUUGCACAAUUCCGUCUGCACAGGUCUGUCCAGUUCAGACUGUGCCUUCGGUUGCUGGGUCUGAUGGCCUCAGCCAUCCUCGUGAUUCGCCUCGGCCGCCUUCACAUGCGGGACUUUCAGCGCUGGGUCGCUUCGCUCCGAAUGGACCCCGUGCGUCAUGGCGCACGGCGGAUAACGGUCACAGCGGACUGUAUAACAGCUCUGCGCUGUUGGCGAGCCCCGUCCUUCCUGACCCAAGGGGUGCCUAUGGGCACCAUCUCGUCCAGGAAAGUGGUAACCACGGAUGCCAGCCUAUCAGGCUGGGGCGGCAUUCACGAGGGCAGGUCUGUGAGGGGUCGCUGGAGCCAGGCCCUCCAGCGCCUUCACAUAAACUUUCUCGAACUUUCGGCGGUGUUUCUUUCUCUGAGACACUUCCUCCCAUUCCUCUCGGGUCACCAUGUCCUGGUGAGGACGGACUACACGACAACAGUGGCGUAUAUCAACCGCCAAGGGGGCCUGCGCUCCCGCAUGUUGCACAAUCUGGCGCGCGACCUGAUUCUCUGGAGCAGUGCCCACUUUCUCUCCCUGAGAGCGACGCACGUCCCGGGAGACUUGAACACGGGUGCGGACCUGCUGUCCAGAGGCGCGCCAGUGUACGGGGAAUGGACGCUGCACCCACAGGUCGUGGAGCAGAUAUGGGCGCGCUACGGGCGCGCUCAGAUAGAUCUGUUCGCGUCCAGGGAAAACGCUCGAUGCGAGCUGUUCUUCUCUCUGAGCACUCUGAAUGCCCCUCUGGGCGUAGACGCACUAGCGCACGCCUGGCCGCAUGAGCUGCUAUACGCGUUUCCACCGCUGGCCCUGAUACCCCCCACUCUCGCCAGAGUGAGGGCAUUCAAUCACAGACUGAUCCUAAUAGCUCCGCACUGGCCAGCGCAACACUGGCUGGCGGAGAUAUUCCAGUUGCUGUGCGCCCAGCCUUGGGAGCUGCCGCUGCGCAGGGACCUGCUCUCGCAGGGUGCGGGGACAGUGUUCCACCCACACCCGGAGCGACUGCAGCUGUGGGCCUGGCCCGAACUGAUUGAUAAAGGAAAAGCUUUUUCCACGGUUAAGGUUUAUCUGGCAGCUAUAGCAGCAUGCCAUAUAGGAUUUGGAGACAAAACGGCGAGCCAACACCCUUUGGUUUGUCGGUUUAUGAAGGGCGCCCGCAGGCUCCUCCCCGUCUCCAGACCUUUGCUGCCUCCGUGGGAUUUGUCGGUGGUUCUGGAGGGGCUUAAGGGACCCCCAUUUGAACCGUUGUUGGGGUCCAGUCUUAAACAUCUGUCUCUCAAGACAGUGCUGUUACUGGCCCUGGCCUCUGCGAAACGAGUCAGCGACAUUCAUGCGCUCUCUAUGAACCCCGCAUGUACCCGGUUCGACCCGGAAUACACGCGUAUGGUUCUGAAGCCCAACCCGGCCUUUGUUCCUAAAGUGGUUGGUUCUUGUUCACCGAUCGAGCUAGCGGCGUUCGCCGCCUCCCCAGGUGAACGGCGAGCCGCACGCUGUGCCCUGUUCGAGCCGUGCGCUCUUAUAUGGACAGGACGCAGAGCUUCAGGAUGA